GCCCUCGAACGCAGCCUGGCGUCACGUGACCCGGCAGUGACGUCACGUGUCUUCUCAUAGCAACAACACUGUUAGCUGUUGUUCAUCUCGAAACUCAUUUCUCACGCAGAAAUACUCAAAUACUGAAAAUGGCUGAAGUGGAGGAAACUCUGAAGAGGAUCCAGUCCCAGAAAGGAGUGCAGGGGAUUAUCAUUGUCAAUUCAGAAGGAAUCCCCGUGAAGACGACUCUGGACAACGCGAGCACGGUGCAGUACGCAGGGCUGAUCCACCAGCUGGUGAUGAAGGCCAGGAGCACGGUGCGAGACAUCGACCCGCAGAACGACCUCACCUUCCUGCGCAUCCGCUCCAAGAAGAACGAGAUCAUGAUCGCUCCAGAUAAGGACUAUUUCCUGAUCGUGAUCCAGAACCCCUCGGACUGAGAAAGACGGAGCUGCUUCCCGACUCAUUUCCCUCUCUCUCAUAUUUAAAUGUAAAACAGCCAAACAUUUCCUUCGUCCCGCUAUGAAUGAAAAGAACCAGGACGUUUUGAAGCACUUGCUGCACCAGGAUCCGCAGGCUCAUUUAUUUCCCAUGUUUUAUCCAUUCCAGUUCUGCUCUCUAUGCAUACUGUGUGUUUUGCAACUGUGUUUAUUUUGAUGGUAUUUCAGCUCACGGUGAGAAGUGCACACUUGCUGAAAUACCUGUGGAAGAAGAAGGAGAUGCAGAUAGGGAGCAGUGCAUUGAAGCCCGCUCAGUGGAGAGGAGAGAUGGCAGCACGUCUUCAGGAGACCGGGAUUGUUAUUUAUUGUUUUGUUGGAUAAAAAGAUGUUGAAGUGCAGCAUUUCAGUGGUGAGCGGGAUCAGCACUCCUCUGCUCUGCCAUGGCACCUGUCUGAUGGGGAUUUUUAUCAAAUUAAAAAAAGUCAAAAAUG